CCGCCUUCACGCUUUUUAGCCUUUUACGAGCCGCCUUCAAGCCCCCCACCUCCCCCCUCGUCUUCCUCCUGCUGCGCCUGUGGGAUGAGGGGGAGGCAGGGGCAGUGUGAAGAAGGAGGAGGAGGAGGAGGGGGGGCGUUAAUGUGCCGCCCGGGAGAGUGGUUUCCUCUCGCGGUCGGCGGCUGCCGUGACCUUCUGUCACGCUGAUCGGAUAAUUAGUCCCGCCUCCAGGGAAAGUAAACAAAAGGUGCGGACGGCGGCCAUGUCAGGCAUGACGAGCGGCGUGUGCGUGGAGAGCGACCUGUCGUCCGUGCUCCAGCGGAGCUCGGCCUCCUCGCAUCACCACCCCAAUCACCACGGUUACGGAGGCCAAGGCCAGGUGUCCACACUGGCGCCCAUGCUGGACUACAGCAGCGAGAUGGACCGCUACCGCUCGUCCAUCGCCAGCUUCUACAAGACCAACGUAGACGUGGGCAACUUCCCGCAGUCGGCCAAGCUGGCGGCGCGCUUGGCAGCCGCCGCUCCCAUCUUCCCCCCCACCGCCACCAGACUGGGCGCCAUGACCACGGCGCCCUGGGGCUGCCAUGACAACGUCAACCACCCGGCGGCCGUCUUCUGGGGCCGACCCAAAACGGCCGGAGCGCACCACCGCCACCACCCGUCAGCGCCCGCGGGUCACAUGACCCCAUCGCACUCCCACGGGAGUGGCAUGCCUCAGGGCGGGGGAGCGGAGGAGGGGGGAAGGACUGAAAAACACUCAGCCGCCUCGCUACCCGUCACCCAAACGGCACACCACCACCCCAUGGCGCCCAGCAACGCCAACUUCCUGCCCGGCUAUGGUGGGGGGAGCGACUGCGGAGCGGGCAAGCAGGGACACACCCACCCGGAUGUGAUGGGCCUAUCCGAGGGGGGCAGCUGCAACGGGGGCAGUGUUCUGGGAAGUGGCUUCCUGGGGGGACUGGGCUUACCCCCGGGCGUCAUUGUCAUGGCGAUGGGUUCAACGGCGGGCGGGAUGUCAGAUGCCGGCAGCGCUUUCCAGAUGACGGGUGGCCAGCGGGGGCCCGCGGACUGCCAGCAGCACUCUGGCUCCUCGCCCUGCCCCUCCUCAACCUCGCCCUCGUCGUCGGGCGUGGCAGCGGGCGGCGCGGUCCUGUCGCCGCCCUCGUCAUCGUCGUCGUCCUCGUCGUCUAAGAGGAAGCGGAAGCGCUGCGGCGUGUGCGGGCCGUGCCGGCGGCUCAUCAACUGCGGCGUGUGUUCGUCCUGCCGCAACAGGAAGACGGGCCACCAGAUCUGCAAGUUCAGGAAGUGCGAGGAGCUCAAGAAAAAGCCGGGGGGCGGCGGGGGAGGGGCGCUCGAGAGGCCGCCAUCCGUCCCGACCGGCGAGGCCUUCCGGUGGUUCUUCUAGUCUGCGCCGGGGGCCCAAACAGGAAGCGACACUGGCACGUUGGCACUGGACUGAGGACAGUUGGGGCACAAGCUGCCCACUGUUGGCUGCUAGCAGUGGAGAAUCCGUGUGUCACUCCUUCUUUCUCAAAAAUAAGACAGUGACUAAUUAUUUUGAUUUUUCUUUUUUUUUUUAAAUUUGUCACAAAUGUCACAGAUUUUUUAUAUUUUAUUUUCAGGGUGAGGAAAAUGCAAAAUCAAAUUCUAGUAUCGUCUAAAGGUUGCAGUGAUGGUAACUAAUGCGCUAACGUAGCUUUACUUGUGCUUGUCCCCAAACUUCAGCAUGAUGUAAACUCAAUUAAAUAAUCUAAACAAAUUUAGUCCUGUUGGCCAAUUUUGUAUUUUUAAUCUGAACCUUAAAAUGAAUGAUAACAAUAAAUCAUGUAUUUUUCUCACCGUUUAGUUUUGGAUUGGGUGGUACAAUGAUUUAUCGAUCAAUUGACGGCUAAAUCGUUUGAUCACAAUCUGUUUUGAUCUUUUAGAGGCAGUUCAAUUAAAAAUUGUCCUAAUCCUCCAAAUGUCCAUUUUUCAACAGUAAAUAAUCUCUGAUUUCUGUAGUCCCGAUUUCUAUAGUAGUCUGAUUAUCGUUUGGUUGCAGCCCUGAAUUAAAAUAUAAAAAAAUGGUUCUUUUUAAAUUUGUCACCAAUUGAAAAUGGAAAGAAAGAAAGACACACGGACUUUGUCGCUCAGAAGAUGAGCUGUCAGUAAAUACGUUUCGUGAACAACUCGGACGGACCAUGUCUACUGUUUCUUCAACAUGCUGUCAACGGUCCGGCAAGACUUUAUGUGGAUGUGCGUCAAAGGACUACAACUUUCCUCAGGAGGACUACAAGGACCACAAACGCAUUCACGGACCAGACAAAACAAGGAACGAGGAAGUUGCCCGACGAGCGCGCGUGCACGGGUUGCAUCUUUCCGCGUGUGCUAAUCAUCCCCCAUACUGGUGAGGCAGAACGCUGGUCGUCCUUGACAACAGAGCGCCUUGUUGCUAGGAAACUGCUAACAAUGGACCAGCACUUGUGCGCUUCAAUGUGGGCGUGGCGGGGAAAUGCUUCCACACAAUGACAGACACGUUUGGAAUCCCCUGAAAAUGUUUUAUUGUCAUCAAGUGCGUGCGUGUGUGAGUGAAGUCAUCAACAUCCACACUGCUAACUCAAUUUCACAUUAAAUGCACUUAGAAAUAA